AUGUCCGGCUACGAUCAGUACAACCAGGGUGGCUACGGCCAGCAGCAAGGUUACGGCCAACAGCAGGGUUACGGCCAACAGCAAGGCUACCCCCCUCAGCAGGGUUACGGCCAGCAGGGCUACGGCCAGCAGCAGGGUUACCCUCAGCAGGGCUAUGGUCAGCAGCAGGGUGGCUCUGGUGACUACUACGGCCAGCAGCAACAGCACCAACAGCAGGGCUACGGUCAGCAGCAGGGUGGCGCCUCCGACUACUACGGUGGCCAGCAGCAGGGUGAGCACCAGUACGGCCAGCAGCAGCAUGACCAGUACCGCCAGGGUGGUUACGACCAGCAGCAGCAGGGUGCCCCCGGUGAAGCUCAAGAGGGCGAGCGUGGUCUCGCCGGUGCCCUCGCCGGAGGUGCCGCCGGUGGCUUCGCCGGCCACAAGGCCAACCACGGAUUCCUUGGAACAAUCGGUGGUGCCAUCAUCGGUUCCAUUGCCGAAGACGCUGUCAAGAAGCACCGCGCGAACAGCCACUCUCCCAACAACCAGGGUCCUCCCCAAGGCCCUUACGGUGGUCCUCCUUCCCACAACGGUAGCUCCAACUCCAUGAUGGACCAGCUCGGUGGCUUCUUCAAGAAGUAG